AGCGUGGAUUGGAGUUUUGACAUAUCAAAUUGCGAAAAUUGCUUUAACUUUUUUAAUUUWUUCUUUUUGUGAAUUAAAAUUGUGCUGAAAUGUUAAUAGAUUGGUGCAAAUAUGUGCUUGUUACAUUGCUAAUAGUCCUUACCAUUUUGUCUCAAAGUGAAGCUUCUGUAGUGCGCCUAUUAACGGAGACGCUGCAGAACAAUGUUGCUGGUGAACCCAUAACACAUGUGCGCACAGAAUGGGACUUUGACYCGGAAGUAAGCCAGAAACGACGCGCGCUCUUCUAUGAGACCCACGGCUAUCGAGCGGCCAAAUUUAUUGAGCGUAUCGGYUUGGGACUCGAUGGACAUGAAGAGGAACGACGGGCGGAGCAGCGAGCGCGUGAUGUCGGACGCMUSAAUGGCGAACAUAAUAUCAACUUUCCACCAGAACCACAAGCGCAGUAUGCAUAAGGAGUAUAAAUCAAACAUCAUUGAAGUUAUCAGAAUAAAUCCUUGCAAAAACGAUGCCCUCCAGUAAAUAUUUCCAUGAUGACAGCAUGCACUUGUGCAAAAAAGUAAAAAAGCGCAGCCUUAGUUUAAUACUUCCCAAAAUCAAAAUUUACAUGUACAUGGAGAAUCAGAAAAGGAGAAAUAUACUUUUUUCUACAAAUGUAUUUCUUGAAAG